AUGAAUUCAGAGCUCAGGGACAUCCUGGUGCUAUUGCCUACCUGGGAACAACUGAGGCUGUCAGUGCAGGUCACAGCCACAGGACAAGAGCUAUUCCAGCAAGUGUGUGACAUGGCACACAUUAGAGAAGCUCACAUUUUUGGUCUCAGUGUGCUCAGAGACAAUGAGUAUGUGUUCAUGGACUUGAAGCAAAAGCUCAGCAAGUACUUCUCAAAGGACUGGAAGACAGAUGUAUACAAAGGGAAUAAGAGACCUAGAGCACCCUUUAUCGCCUUCUUCAGAGUGCAGUUCUACGUGGAAAAUGGGAAGGCUAUAAGUGACAAGACAGCUCGACAGCUGUACUACUGCCACCUGAAGGAACAGGUACUGAGGUCCAGGUGUAUGCACAGAGAAGAGGCUUACUUUCUGCUGGCUGCCUGUGGGUUACAGGCUGACCUGGGCAACCACCAGGUGUUGGUCCAUGUGGGCAGGUACUUCGAACCACAUGCCUAUUUCCCACAGUGGAUCAUCAACAAGAGAGGAGUUGAUUACAUCCUAAGGCAUGUGCCUGCCAUGCACCAUGACAAUCAGGGUCUGACUCCAAAGGAGGCAAUACUUCGCUUCAUCAGGGAUGCCUGCCAACUUGAGGAUGUUCCUGUCCACUUCUUCAGGAUGUACAAGGAAAAGAAGGAGGAUCAUCCUACUCUUCUCCUGGGAAUCACCCUGAAGGGAGUAACCAUCUGUCAGGGGAAGAAGCUGGAAAUCCAGCCAGAAGGACUGUUGGCAACACAGAAGCUGCUGUUCUACACAGGUCAUGCCUGGCGCUCCCGUUACCUGCUGCAACUGCUUCGUACCACCCACGAGCUCCACCUCAGCUUCCAGCCUGUGCUGCAGUGGUUACAGCAGCUGGAGGAGGCAGAAA